AUGGCCUUUCGUGGGCAUUGCUGCAUACGUAUAUGCAGAGUGUGCAAUAGCUGCAGUGGCAGCAUGCCUCUUACAAAUAAUGUUUCAUUUCAGGCUCAUCCUAAAUAUUCGUUCAAAUACGGAGUAAAUGAUUAUCACACUGGCGAUGUCAAAUCACAACAUGAAACCAGAGACGGCGAUGUUGUAAAAGGUCAAUACUCGUUAGUGGAAGCUGACGGUUCCGUCCGCACCGUCGACUACACCGCCGACAAACACAACGGAUUCAACGCGAUCGUUCACAGGACACCGGCACAUCACGAUCACGGAGAAGGACAUUAUUAG